CUGUCCUUUAACCGCAAAUAUGUCCCGCUUUGUGGAAGCCUUUAGCUUUGAAAAGCCCAAAGAAUCGUUCGAUAUCGUUUUGAAACGGCUCAAGCGUGGUCAGGUAUUGGACGAUGAAGUUGCCAACUAUUUCAAAGAGCGAGCUAUACUGGAGGAGAAAUAUGCUCAUGACCUUAUGAGAUUAUCCAAAAAGCAUUCGUUGAGCGGAGACAAGGACUUUGUUGGCGCGUUCAGUGAAGUGUGGGAUCAGCUUCUGGGAGCAACGAAUGAGCUUGCCGGUCUUCACAUGGUUUAUGCUAAAGAAGUUGUGGAGACGCUUGAAAGACCUGUGCGCGGUAGAAGUCACACGGAUACAGAUUGGAGUAAACUAAAACAGUACGAAGCUGAUUUCGGAAGAAGUACAAAGGAUUAUGAUGAAAAAGUUAUAAAACAUCUGAAGGCAGUCGCCAAGGCAAAGAAGAAAAAUGGUUCCGAUAAACUUGACAAGAAGGUAACCGAUGCACUUGCUGCACUGGAAGCAGCGAAGGAUCAGUGGGUUCCACAGGCUAUCCAAUCAUUCGAGAGAUUUCAACUCAUGGAUGAGGGCCGCCUCACCUUCUUGAAAGAGAUCAUUUCAAAAUCGGCAGAUCUUGAUGCAAGGCAUGGUGGUGCACGAACUGCGAUUUCUGAUGGAAUUCUCGCCUCCGCAAUGUCAUUUGAUGUGGCGAACGACACCGCUAAUUUUUGUUCGUUGAAAGGCAACAAAACUGGUGACGAUGUCGGUUAUCAGUAUACAGUCAAUGAUGUCAGCAGUUCGACGGCUACGUCACGCAAGAACUCGGUCGUAAUUCCCCCAGAACGCGCUUCGGUCGCUUCCAGUGCAAUGGCGACAAGCCAGAAACCCAACGUUGAUGAGGAGGGUUACACAAUUCCACCUCCACAACCAAAUGUCCCGUGGGAUGCGCCGGCCGCAUCUGCUCUAGAUGAGGAAGACGACACAAGCAGUGCGACAGGCAAUCAGCGAAUUAAGGUCGACAUCCGGAAGGAAGCUAUUGUAGAGAAUCCCGAUGAAGCGACCAGAAUUUUGAGGCAAUUUCAAGGCGCAUUGCCUUCUACCAUUAACCGUUCAUCCAAGAGAAUGUCUAGGCGUAUGUCGCUGUCUGAUGCUGGACAACAGACGCAGACAACACCAGGUUCGAUGGAAUCUGCUGAUAUGGUCCGAAAGCGCAUGACAAUACACAUGGGACCAUCGAAUGGAAUCCUUUUGGGUGGAUCCGACGAGGUGCCUAGCCUACCCACCAUGCCGACGCUGCAACCGACGAAAAUUUCCAACUCAGCUCUGGCUUCUGGGAGUGUAACACCGGCUGCAAAUACUUUACCCGUUCCUAUCGCUGCAUCCAUGGUCGAGACGCUGAAUGUUCUGAUAAAAGGAAACGCCGUGGAAAGAUUGUUACUGAUGGGCGAAGUCUCUCUUUCACUGCCGAGGGCCACUGCUGAUGUUGCGAGCAACAGCGGCAGCUUCGUGUUAGGAAUUGAAAAUUACGAUCAAUUAGCACAAGUGGUGCUGAACGAAACUUUUGCACGAGUUACAGAUCCUUCAAAACCCAACGAAGUCACCCUAGACCUUGGUGCGCUACGACAAUCCGCGACCUCAUUAGUACCUAUUUUGAAAUAUCAAGUCCGGAUUGAUGAUCCAUCCGAAUUCACUCCAUUGUAUGUGCAUCCAGUAUGGAAGUGCGAUGCUACGCAAACGUCGCUUCUAUUAGCGUAUCAAAGGAAUCCUUCCGUUCGCUCUAAUAUUCCGCUAUCGGAUGUUUCCUUCCUGGUUCAUGUUGAGGGUGGUGGGGAGAUUGGACAAGUUCAGAUGAAACCUACUGGACUGUGGAAUUCUGACCGUAAAGCCAUAUUAUGGAAAGUAGGAAGCAUUGAGGGUACUGUCGAUAACGAUACCGCCACCCCUGAACCGAGCAAGAUUCUUGCCCGCCUCGAAACGACAGAACCUUGUCAACCAGGAACAGUAAUUGUUCGCUUCACGAGCAAUUCGCGCCUUCUUUCCGCGUGCAAUUUGACCGUCGUCUCAAAAGACAGUGCGCAACCUGUUGUGGAGUUGAAGGACAUAUCGCGAUCUGUCGUUGCUGGGAAGUACGGAGCCGCAUGACCCCAGAUGGGUUAAGCUUUUGGCAUGAAAAUUAUUAUUUCCAUCACUUAAAGAUUGUAUAUGUAGACAUUGUCAUUUACUGAAGCUGCAUCAAUAUUAUCAUUUCCACAGACAGUACUAGAUUUUAAAGUGCAAUUGAUCCUAGUUUCAA